AACAUGGAGGAGAAACCCCACCGGCAGAAUCUUGCGGAAGAGGCUGUGUUGAAGGGCUCUGUGGGGCAGGAGGUCAACGGGGAGGAAGAGCCAAGAAGACGCUCCAUGGGGCACGAGGUCAAUGGGGAGGAAAAGCCAAGAAGACGCUCCAUGGGGCAGGAGGUCAAUGAAGAGGAAGAGCCAAGACGCUCCGUGGGGCAGGAGGUCAACGGGGAGGAAGAGCCAAGAAGACGCUCCAUGGGGCACGAGGUCAACGGGGAAGAAAAGCUAAGAAGAUGCUCCAUGGGGAGAGGUUGCAAACCCUCCCCACGAAGCUCGGAGGAGGAAAGACCGACCAUCUGUGAGGAAUGCGGUCGGAGCUUCAGCCGUAGCUCGAACCUGGCAGUGCACCAGCGGUUGCACGCCGGCGAGAAGCCCUACAAGUGCUUGGAGUGCGGGAAGAGCUUCAGCCGUAGCUCCCAUCUCAUCACCCAUCAACGUCUGCACACCGGGGAGAAGCCCUACAAGUGUCCCGAUUGCGGGAAGAGCUUCAGCGACAGCUCCACCCUCAUCACCCACCAGCGGUUGCACACCGGCGAGAAGCCCUACAAGUGUCCCGAUUGCGGGAAGGGCUUCAACCAGAGCUCCAACCUCACGUCCCACCAACGUACCCAUACCGGGGAGAGACCCUACAAGUGCCCCGAGUGUGGGAAGAGCUUCAGCGUGAGCUCCUACCUGAUCCGCCACCAGAAGAUCCACACUGGGGAGAGACCCUACAAGUGCGAGGAGUGUGAGAAGACGUUCAGCCAGAGCUCCAGCCUCAUCAUCCACCAGCGUGUCCACACCGGGGAGAAGCCCUAUAGAUGCGUUGAUUGCGGGAAGUGGUUUAGGAACAGCUCGGACCUCAUCAGGCAUCAGCGGACACAUACAGGUGAGAGACCCUACCGCUGCCCUGACUGCGGGAAGAGCUUCAACCGCAGCUCCAACCUGAUGACCCACCAACGCAUCCACACCGGGGAGAAGCCCUACGGGUGUCCCGAGUGCGGUAGGAGCUUCACCGUGAGCUCUGCCUUGAUUAAACACCAAAGGACCCAUCGGGAAGGGAAGCCCUAUGAGUGUCCCGACUGCGGGAAGAGCUUUAUCCGCUGUUCGAACUUCAUUACCCAUCGGAGGAUCCACGCCGGCGAGAAGCCCUACAAUCGUCCCGACUGCGGGAAGAGCUUCAACCAGAGGUCCAACCUUCUCAUCCACCAACGGAUCCACGCCGGAGAGAGACCCUACGGGUGUCCUGAGUGCGGGAAGAGCUUCAGCUAUAGGUCCGUCUUCCUAAUCCACCAGAAGACCCACACUGGGGACAAACCCUACGCCUGCGCCGACUGCGGGAAGAUCUUCAGCCAGAGCUCGGACCUCACCAAGCAUCGCCGGAUCCACACCGGAGAGAGACCCUACGGUUGUGCCGAGUGCGGGAAGACCUUCAGCCUCCAUUCCCACCUCCUCUCCCAUCAGAGGACCCACAAAGACGAGAAGCCCUACGCUUGCCCCGAGUGCGGGAAGAACUUCACAAGGAGCUCCAACCUCAUCACCCACCAGCGUAUCCACACCGGGGAGAAGCCCUACGGAUGCCCCGAGUAUGGGAAAGGUUUCGGAUGCCUCUCGCAUCCCCACCGGCACCAGAGGACCCACACUGGGGAGAAGCCCUUCACCUGCUUGAGCUGCGGGAAGAGCUUCAGUGAGAACUCCUCCCUUAUCCGUCACCAACGGGUCCACACUGGAGAGAAGAGUUACGAGUGCGGCGAGUGCGGCAAGAACUUCAGCUGCAGCUCCCACUUCAGCAAACACCAGCGGACCCACACCGGCGAGAAACCCUUCCUCUGCCUUCACUGCGGUAAGAGCUUCAACGUCAGCUCCAACCUCUACCGGCAUCAACGGGCUCACGCCGAUGAACAACCGGCUCCACCGGCUCCACCGGCGCGUCCCCGCGGCUUGCCGUAUAAAUGCGAGGAGUGCGGCAAGAGUUUUCGCCGUAACAAGGAGCUGGUGACCCACCAACGGUUGCACACCGGUCGCUUGCCCUUCCAAUGCGGUCACUGCGGUAAGAGCUUCAGUUGGAGCUCUCAUUUUGACCGGCACCAACGUGUCCAUACCGGUGAGAAGCCCUACCAGUGCCCCGAAUGCGGUAAGCGUUUUAGCCGGAGCUCCCACCUCUACCGGCACCAACGCACCCACGCUGGCGGUCGCUCUUACAUCUGCACGUAUUGCGGGCGUAGUUUUGGUAGCACCCUCCAUUUUGACCGGCACCAACGCACCCACACUGGCCAACGACCCUACAAGUGCACCUUGUGCCGGAAAAGUUUUGGCGAUGGGCCGGCGUUGGUCAAACACCAACGCCUUCAUCUGGGUGAUGGUCCUUUCCGUUGCGAAGAGUGCGGUAAAGCCUUCGGCGCCCGUGCCCAAUACGCCCGGCAUCGGCGUAGCCUCCAUGGCGGCGGUGAGAAACCGUACCGUUGUGGUGAUUGCGGGAAGAGUUUUUCUUGGAGCUCGCAUUGGGAACGACACCAGCGUAUCCAUACCGGCGAACGACCCUACCAAUGCGGGGACUGCGGCAAACGUUUUGGCCGGACCUCCCAUCUCUACCGACAUCAACGUACCCACGCCGGCGGGCAACCCCACAUCUGUGCCGAUUGCGGGAAGAGCUUCAACAGCACCCUACACUUCCAUAAGCACCAACGGGCUCACGCCGGUCCCCGGCACGCCUGUCCCGAUUGCGGCAAGGCGUUUGCCGACGGUUCGGCGUUGGCUAAGCACCGACGGGCGCACGCCGGCGAGAAGCCUUUCCCUUGCCCGCAGUGCGGCCGACGUUUCGGCGUCAGCUCCCACCUUCACCGUCAUCUCCGUAGCCACGGCGGGGAGAAGCCGCACCGGUGUGGUGACUGCGGCAAAGGCUUCAGCCGAGGGUCCAACCUCGCCCAGCACCGGCGUAUCCACACCGGUGAACGACCACACCGUUGCGGUGAUUGCGGCAAAGGCUUCAUCCAACGCUCCGACCUGGAGCGGCACCGACGGGUUCACACCGGCGAACGGCCAUAUCCUUGCGGCGACUGCGGCAAACGGUUCAGCGUCAGCUCCCACCUCGACCGGCAUCGCCGUACCCACGGGUCGCCGGCUCCUCACCGUUGCCCCGAAUGCGGUAAGAGCUUCGCCCAACGUUCCGCCUUGGCCAAACACCGGAAGACCCACAGUGGCGAACGGCCUCACCGCUGCGGCGAUUGCGGUAAGAGCUUCAGCCGAGGCUCCAACCUCACCCAACACCGGCGCAUCCAUACCGGCGAACGGCCGUUUGCUUGUGGCGAUUGCGGCAAAGGUUUCAUCCAACGCUCCGACCUGGAACGGCAUCAACGGGUACACACCGGCGAACGACCCUACACCUGUGCCGAAUGCGGUAAGAGCUUCAGCGUCAGCUCCCACCUUGACCGGCACCAGAAGAUCCACGCGGCCGAACGGGCGUCCUACCGUUGCCCCGAACAUCUAGCCGGCUUCUUGGCCGCUCACCGUCACGGUCGCCUCUUCCAAUGCGCCCAAUGCGGGCGAUGUUUCAGUCAAGGCGCCGCCUUGCUCAAGCAUCAACGCGCCCACGGUGCCGGGGGAACCGUGGGGCAGUCCCCCAAAUGCCCGGAUUGCGGGAAGAACCGGGGCAGCGCGGUGGGGUUACGUCCCCGCGCUCAGCAAUGUAUGGAUUGCGGGAGGGAAUCGGAUACCGGCACCGGUGAGACGGCGCCGGCGGCACCGCCGGAGAAACCCUAUAAGUGCGGGGAAUGUGGGAAGGGGUUUGGGCAACGUUCGGCGCUGGUUAAACACCGGCGUAUCCACACCGGAGAGAAACCCUACGCCUGCGGGGACUGCGGGAAGGGUUUCAUCCAGAAGUCGGACCUGACCAUCCAUCGCCGGAUGCACACCGGGGAGAAACCGUACCGUUGCGGUGAGUGCGGCAAAUGCUUCAGCGUCUCCUCCAACCUCAUCACCCACCAACGCACCCACCUCGGCGAGAAACCCUACCAAUGCCCCGAAUGCGGCAAGAGCUUCAUCCAACGCUCCGAGCUCACCAUCCACCAACGCGUCCACACCGGCGAGAAGCCCUACAAGUGUCCCGAGUGCGGCAAGUGCUUCAGCCGUAGCUCCCACCUCAACCGCCACCAACGCACCCACGCCGGGGACAAGCCCAAAGCCGCCGCCGCCACUGCUGCCGCCGCCAACCCCUCCGGCGCCUUCUCCAGCGCCGCCUUCUCCCCGCCCCCCGCCCUGGACCUGCCGUGGGCCCUGUCCUUCCCCGCCCGCGCCUUCCCCCACCCCUCCUUCCCCUCGGCGCCCGCCUCGGGGGCCCAGACCUCCUCCCUCAUCAACUGA